CUCCGCCCACCCCUCCGCUGCUGCUCAGCCUCAAAUCACCGACCGCUCCUGUCAGAAGCAGCAGGAACCGAGCCAGGGGACCGUGGUUGGUCAGUGAACGCCUAAAGCUACCUAAUUUAGCCUGCCGCUAUGCCGCCUGUCCGGGUAGUGAUGCAGGGUCCCGGCCCGUGGGGGUUCCGGCUGGUUGGGGGUAAAGACUUCGAACAGCCGCUGGCCAUUUCCCGGGUCAACCCUGGAAGCAAAGCAGCCCAGGCCAACUUGUGCAUCGGAGACAUCAUUUUAUCUAUCAAUGGUGAGCCAACAGAGAGCAUGACUCACUUGGAGGCGCAGAACAAGAUCAAGGGCUGCGUAGAGGAAAUGGCGCUCUCCAUUGACAGGUCUGAAAGUAAGCUGUGGUCACCACUUUCAUCCGAGGAAGGAAAGACGCACCCUUACAAGAUGAACCUUGCGUCAGAACCACGGGAGGUGAAACACAUCGGUUCAUCCCACAACAGGAGCGCCCUGCCCUUCUCUGGAUUUGGCCCCAAAGUCGUGACCAACCAGUACAACAGUCCGUCCGGUCUGUACUCUUCGGAAAACAUCAAGGACUUCAACUCUGCUGUGGACGAAGUGAAGACGGUGGCCACAGUUAAUGAGCCCAACAACAAAGCUUCGUCAGAGCAGCCAGCGGCAGGCAAGCGACCGGCCGUACCAGCAGAUUCUGAGGUCUACAAGAUGCUCCAGGAGAACCAAGAGUCCGAUGAGCCCCCCCGACAAUCGGCUUCCUUCAAGGUCCUUCAGGAGAUUCUAGAGACGGGUGACUCAGAUAAACCAUCAGGCUUCAGGAGUGUGAAAGCUCCGACUACAAAGAUCGGAUCUUCUGUGGGGAACGCAGAGAAGCUGCCAGUCUGUGACAAAUGUGGUUCUGGGAUUGUGGGCAUGUUGGUGAAGCUGAGGGACAAGUUCCGCCACCCUGAGUGCUACACCUGCACAGACUGCGACGUCAACCUAAAACAGAAGGGACAUUUCUUCGUGGAGGACCAGAUUUACUGCGAGACGCACGCACGAGAGCGGGUCACUCCGCCCGAGGGCUACGACGUAGUCACAGUCUUCCCCAAGUAGAGCGUUUAUCCCGGCCUGGCCUCGGACUGCACACUGCUUUACGGUUUGCUUCAAACGCGUGCUUCUGAGACUAUUAAGCGGACCUCCGCUUCGUUACGUUUCAGCGCUGUCACAGGUAUGCAGAAAGGAAAGAGCUUUGUAUGUAAAAAAGUUGAUUUGCACAUGAAUUUUGGCCACAGGAUCUUUUUUUUUCCUUUCUUUGAAACAUAAUCAAAUCGUCUUACUGCCAACCACUGUUUCACUCCUGCUUUUCUCUGUCGUUUUUUUUUUUUUUCCUAAAUCAUAAAACAAAUGUCAGUCAGCUUGGAUGAAACUUGCCUUUUAUACAAUUCAGAAAUAUUUUUAUACACCAGAAUAGCCAAAAGCGUAAUAGAACAUGAUUGCCAAAUAAAUAUUUUCGCUUUAAUCGGUUGAUAGUGCUUUGUGGUUAUUGUGUAUAUGUAUAAAUGCAGACUGUAGUUCAACAGUAUUAAAUUUCAAUACGACCAAACUGCCUUGUUCUGUCGACACAUUCCUCAUACUUGUACUUUUUGUAUAAACAUCCAAUGAAACAUCCCUUCCAGUCAUAAAACCAGCAGCCCUGUGAGAUGCAGAAGGUGUAUUUAAUGUUUUUGGUUUUCUGAGAUGGAAUAUCUGAGUCUGGAAUUUUGUCAAAGGAUCCUCAACCCUGGAGAAGCAUUCGGAGGGGGAGAGAAAAAGGAAAUAUUAAUUUUCUGACUAUAUUUUCUGUUUUAUCUAAACACUGCAGUCCUUACCCAUUCAUGCACAGGCUGUCCAUCUUUCUCUACCAUCUAUCCACCUGUCUGUUUCUCAUACUCUGUACAUUAAUACAUCAAUGCUUCCAUCCAAAACUGCUUUUUUCCCCCCCAUAAUCCAAGUUUGCAGUUUAGUAUAGGCCCACUUAAGAUUCAAUUGUUUAUAUUGACUGAAAGAAUGGGGUAAAAAGUCCAUAGUUUUAAAUGUGUAGGAAACCUGAUCUCAUCUAAUUCUUUUUGACUUUUAAAUCAUUUUCAUUCAAAACUUCCACUUAGCCACACAUGGAAAGGAAAAAAAAGAUUGAUGCUUCCAACAGCAAACAUUGAACCAGCAUAUUGAGGUUAAGUAUAUCUGCAGCACCAUUUUAAACUUGCAUCAAUGCAGAGAAGCAUGUCUGAGGUCCAGGUUCUGCUGAAUAAAGAAAUGUAUAAAAGAAUUUUCCUGAUUAAUACUUGGAGCUCUUGCUGAUCUGGUUAUUUUGCCUUAUCACCUAUCAUAAUCAAAUGAGCCGUAGAUUGUAUGAAAAGAUGAGAUCAAUGGAAUUUUCAUGGAUUUUAAGCUCCUACUGCCUGGAAACAAUAUUGCAAAGUAACUUUUUUUUUUCCCCAGUCUUAGUGCUAUUUCUCUACAUGUGGGUCUGGAAUUGACCACUAGUGAUUUAUUUUAUAUAUCCACUCCUCCACCUAAGUAACGGUCAUCCAGUCUGUUGCAGCUCUUUCUAAGCAAAGCAGCAGAAAAUGGUUAAUUUACAAACUGGUUUAGAUUUAAGGUUCAGAUUAACCCUUUAAGAGGUUAAAUCAGUCAGAAACGGCUUGUUUAGCAGGUGAUCUGAUCUGUUGUCUAAAUGUUUCAUUAACUGUUUGGGUUUUUUUUUUUUCCAGAAAUGAAAUGUUUUUAUAUUUCACUGCCAAA